UUGGCAUUAAACCAAACCGUGUGUUGAAUUUGUCUUGUCAUUUUCGGUACGAGUUAGUUAAUUUCAUAUAAGAAAAUGCCUGUCGAAAAUCUGGAAGCCGAAAGUUUAGAAAAAAAUCCAAAUUUGGAAUUAGCUCAGUUGAAAUUUUUGCUUUCUUCUGCUGAGCAUCAGAGAGAUGAAAAUUUGAAAUCUCGCCUGCUAGAAGCCAUCAAAGAAAAUAAUAUGGCUCCAUUUUAUGAAGAGGUGUGCAAAGAUUUGUCCUGGCCAGUAGAUAAUGCUCUAUUGGAAACUAUGAAAAAAGCCAAUGAAGAGCAAUUGAAAAAAUUAGAUGAUGCGAUUGAGGAUGCUGAAAAAAAUCUUGGAGAAAUGGAAGUCAGAGAAGCAUUUCUAAAUAAAGCUGAGUAUCUUAGUAGAAUUGGCUCCAAGGAAGCUGCUCUAGCAGUUUUUCGUAAAACUCAAGAUAAAACAGUUUCCCUUGGUCAUCGACUAGAUCUGUUGUUUCAUAUCAUCAGGCUUGGAUUGUUUUAUGUGGACCAUGAUCUAAUAACCCGUAAUAUUGAGAAAGCAAAAAGUUUAAUUGAAGAAGGUGGUGACUGGGAUCGCCGGAAUCGGCUCAAAGUAUAUCAAGGUGUUUACUGCAUGGCAAUACGAGAUUUCAAAAAUGCUGCAAAUUUUUUCUUAGAUACUGUUUCGACAUUUACAAGUUAUGAACUUAUGGACUAUAAAACAUUUGUAACGUAUACUGUCAUCUGCAGCAUGAUAUCUUUGCCUCGAGUGGAUUUGCGUGAAAAGGUUGUAAAGGGCUCAGAAAUACUUGAAGUAUUACACAGUACUCCAGAUAUCAGAGAGUAUCUCUUUUCAUUGUAUAAUUGUCAAUAUGCUGAGUUCUUCCAAAAAUUAGCAUUGGUAGAAAAAAUGCUUAAACAGGAUCGCCUCCUUGCUCCACAUUUUCGUUAUUAUGUGAGAGAAAUGAGAAUUUUAGCGUAUACACAACUUCUUGAAUCAUAUCGAAGUUUAACAUUGCAGUAUAUGGCAGAUGCAUUUGGAGUUACAACUGAAUUUAUUGACAGGGAAUUAGCAAGAUUCAUUGCUGCUGGAAGACUUCAUUGUAAAAUUGAUAAAGUUGGAGGAAUAGUUGAAACAAACAGACCUGAUAGUAAGAACUAUCAGUACCAGGCUUGCAUUAAACAAGGAGACAUCCUUCUAAACAGAGUCCAAAAGCUGAGUCGUGUGAUAAAUAUUUAAUAUCUUAAUUUUUUUAUUUAACCUUUGUAUGAACUUAAUAAAUUUUAUGUUAUGACUGGAUGAUUCAUUUAUGUGGUUUUCAGUGCCAAAUUUUCCCUCAGUAGCUUAUUUGGGUUUCAAUGAUAUAUAUGUGUGUGUGUAAAAUAAAGGAUUUCUAGGAAA